GGCAAAGGAUGAGGAUGGAUCCUACAAACGUGGUCGACAGGGACAUGUUCUUCCAAAAUGCCUUUCCCUACCUGGAAGUGAGGCGGCCCUUUAUCCUCGGCACCCACAGACGACAGUGGAAAGCCACCAUUUCUCACUGGUUUAUCAAAUUUCUCGAAGAGGAAGGGAAGUUGAAAAGACUGUUCACUCAGAACAUCGAUGGUCUCGAUUACCAAACCGGCAUCUCGCCUGCUAUCGUGACAAAUGUGCACGGCAGCAUUGCGCGCGUCUCAUGCGAAGGAUGCGGGAAG